AGGGAUGACGAAGCAGAUACCUGAGUCUCCACAGCUGUAAACCGCACCUGGUUCAGUAGCGGCAUGAUGCUGUUUGAACACUUGACACGCCGGGCAUGCAGGAUUCAGAAGCUGCCCUCUUGCAAUACUUACAGGCACCUCUGGGGAUGGCUGAAUGCUGUUUUUAACAAGGUCGACCAUGAGCGGAUCCAGGCUGUUGGCCCGGACAGAGCAGCCUCGGAAUGGCUCCUGCGCUGCGGGGCCCACGUGCGCUACCAGGGCCUCGAUAAAUGGCAGCAGGAUUACAACGGGCUCCCUUCGGGGCCGUUAGGGAAAUACAAGAUACAAGCCAUCGACGCCACGGAAUCUUGCAUCAUGUACAGGGGAUUCGAUCACCUGGAUGGCCUAGAGCACGUGGAGGAGAUCAAGCUUUGCAAGUGCGCGUACCUGCAGGACGAGUGCUUGCAGCGGCUCAGCGAGAUCCAGAACUUACAGAGGAGCCUCCUGCGUCUCUGGAUCAUUUCCUGUGGGGACGUCACAGACCAAGGCAUCGUCGCUCUGCAUAAGCUCAGUAAUCUGCAGUAUUUGUGCCUGAGCGACCUCCCCGGGGUCAGACAGAAGGAAGCGACUGCCGAGAUCCUUAGGAAAUCAUUGCCGUCCCUGGUGUUGGAAUUAGAUUUGGAAUCGUAAGCAAUCAUGUGCUAUUUCGCCUGACUGUAUGAUUUGAAAAUAAAGAACUGCCUUGCAUCAUGUUUGCCCCCAGAGUAAGUUCUAGUCCUUCCACAUUUGGAGAUGAUGAUGUUCUCAGAGAGGGGUCUGGAAGGGCUCUUUUUGGCUCCAGUGGCAAGCACCGGCAUCAUCCGCAGUGAUGUUUGAGUAAUGUUAGAGCUCUUUGAGUUAUAUUGCUCUGAGCCCGGCUGCUAAGGAGAAGAGAUACCAGCACCGGCCAGUCAUGCAGGACAUCCCAUAGCCCAGCAGUUAGUGCAGGAGCAGCCCUGCGUAAUGCUUCAUGGGCAUCUUCUUGUUUGUUGACUGUAAAACAGUCUUAUUUCACAGGGCUUCUUUGUUGACUAAGGAAGCCGGAAUCUGACCGGUAAAUGUUGUUGUUCAGUCGCACAGUCGAGUCCGACUCUUUACGACCCCAUGGACCAGAUCACG